AUGGAAUCAGUUCACCAUGUCUCAGCUUCGUCGAAGAUCCUCUUUGGCAAGGUCCGUAAGAUCGUGCCACCGAUGUUAGAGAAGUUCCACAAAGGACAAUUGGGGCGUGUGGCAGUAAUUGGAGGAUGUGCCGAUUAUACCGGAGCACCAUAUUUUUCGGCAAUUGCAUCCGCCAAACUAGGAUGUGACAUGAGCCACGUUCUCUGUGAACGCUCCGCUGCACCGGUGAUCAAGAGUUAUUCUCCAAACCUGAUGGUGCAUCCAUUGCUUCCAAGCACAGAGACAGUCAAGGAUCCCAAGUCAAUCGAUGCAUCAGAAUUGGCAGGUCCAAUAAUCAGUAUGCUAUCUCGCCUGCACGCACUAGUCAUCGGGCCUGGCCUAGGGCGCGAUGGGGUUACCCUCAAAGUAGUUGCAGAGGUGAUCAAGGAAGCGAGGGCGCGCUCAAUCCCAUUCGUAUUGGACGCAGAUGGGCUGCUCAUUGUGACAGAGGAUCCCAAUCUCAUCAAGGGGUACAAGGAAUGUAUUCUGACACCGAAUGUAGUAGAAUUCGGACGUUUGGCGAAGGCACUUGGGAUCAAGGUGGCUAGCCAGGCAGAUAUUGCGAAGGAGGGAGAGGGCGACACAACCAACAAAGAGUCAGAUGCAUGCGAGCAGCUCUCAGAGGCUCUAGGUGGUGUUACUAUUCUCCAGAAAGGACCUCAUGAUGUAAUAUCCAAUGGAGUCACCAGCAUCAUCUCUGAUAUCAAAGGAGGUCUCAAACGCAGUGGUGGACAGGGAGAUACCUUGACUGGGUCGCUAGGCACCAUGCUAGCCUGGAGAUCAGCUUAUCACAAUAAAUUAUGGGAAUCAGGUGAGAAGGAUAAUGAAAGGGAGGCGCAGAGCAGGGAUGAGGUGCAGGCAGAGCUGGAGUCCGAGGGCAAGCGCAUGUCCCCAACUACAACCCUUUUACUGGCUGCAUGGGCUGGCAGCAGUAUUACACGGGAAUGUUCACGACGAGCGUUUGAGGCAAAGGGGCGGAGCAUGCAAGCCAGUGACCUGACCGAUGAAGUACAUGGGAGCUUCCUACGCUUGAUUGGAGAGCCGGAAGGUUCCAAGACGCAUCUCUAG